GGCCUGAAGGGAGUUGCCUGGCAGGCAAUGGCUCCUCCUCCCCAGCCAGGGCCAGGGCCAGGGCCAGGGCAGGCAGGAAGGCAGGCAGCAGCCGCCCUUCUUCCCUCAGCCGGGGCCCAGGAGAGCAAGGCAGUGGAGCUCUGCAAACAGCUUGGAGGUUGCAGCUCCACCCAGGGAAGAAGAGCUGGUUCCUAGACAGAACAGGACAUGAUGGAGGCUGUUGACCUUUCUUUUCUUUUGGAAGCAGAGCGGGAUUUAAUUCUCCAGGUUCUGCAGCGGGAUGAAGAGCUGCGGAAAGCAGAAGAGAGGCGAAUCAGGCGCCUGAAGAAUGAGCUUCUCGAGAUCCGCAGAAAAGGAGCCAAACGUGGCAGCCAGCGCUACAGUGAGCGGACGUGUGCCCGCUGCCAGACUAGCCUGGGCCGGAUUAGCUCCAGAACAAAUACAUGCCGCAGCUGCAACCAUCUUGUAUGUAGUGACUGCCGCUCCUACAGUGCCAAUAGCUCCUGGCGCUGCAAAGUCUGUACCAAGGAGGCGGAGUUGAAAAAAUCAACAGGCGACUGGUUCUUUGACCAAAGAGUGAAUCGUUUUGCUAAUAGGCUGGGCAGUGACAUCGUUCGAAUGUCUCUUCGGCGCAAACCACUAGCUAGCAAAAGAGAGACAGCUGGGGAAGCUCUCCUUCAGAAGGCUCAGCUCAGUGAUCCCAAAGGCAGCCCCAGAGCAGGGCAGAAGAGCCCUCAGCAGCCACGCAAGGAAGCUAGCUUGGCCCCGGAACGCUUGGAGCCACGGGACCCAAAGAGUGACACAGAAUCUACUGAGAACAUGAGCCUAGAUGGCUACCAUCCUAUCUCUCCUCCUGCAGCUGCCAGUGCUCACCAAGAGAGGACGAAAACUGUCAGCCCUUCAGGGUCCAAUGCAUCCAGCCUGACCCUCCCUGCCCGCUUCAGAGAGGCUUCCCCCUCCUGUUCUGACAGUGAAGUUCGUUUGGGCAGCCAAAGUGCAGCUUCAGCUGAUGAGAAUGAAACCUUGUUCAAGAAGAACCCUAGAAGAAGACAGAGACCCUCAGAGUACACCAAAUCAGUGAUUGACCUGCGACCGGAGGAGUCCGUUAAUGAUAAUGGAACUCUAGGGGACAGAAGCAAGUCAGUUCCUGGCCUCAAUGCUGAAAUGGAAGAGGAAGAGGAAGACAUAGAUAGCCUGGUAGAGAUCCAUCGGAGGAGAGCAGCCAGAAGCAGCAUGCGCAGUGGUGCAUCCUCAAGCACUUUGGGAAGCAUGGUUAGUAUUUAUAGUGAGGCAGGUGAUUUCGGCAACGUCUGCGUUACGGGUGAGAUUGGUUUCACUUUGAGCUAUGAGGAGAAGACACAGACCUUGUUCAUUCAUGUGAAGGAGUGCCGCCACCUGGCAUAUGCUGAUGAAGCCAAGAAACGCUCCAACCCGUAUGUGAAGACUUACCUUCUUCCAGACAAAUCCCGCCAAGGGAAGCGUAAAACCACCAUCAAACGGAACACUGUCAGUCCCCUGUACCAUGAGCUGCUCAAGUAUGAUAUCAACAAAAGCAUUCUGCUGACUAGGACCUUGCAGUUCUCUGUCUGGCAUCAUGAUCGCUUUGGCCGAAAUACAUUCUUGGGAGAAGCAGAGGUCCCAAUGGAGUCCUGGAACAUGGAGCAUCCCUUGGAAGCGAGUCUUCCGCUACAUGGCAAGAACUCUGUGGACUUGGGUGCCUCUCUUCAAAACAAAGGAGAGUUGGUGGUUUCCUUGAAGUUCAUCCCACCUGCCAAACAGCAGGGCAGUUCAGGAAAUGGAAGAAAAGGCAAAAAGGAAGAGGGAGGUGAACUUCAAGUCUGGAUCAAAGAGGCCAAAAAUUUGACAGCAGCCAAAUCUGGAGGAACAUCUGACAGCUUUGUCAAAGGAUAUUUGCUACCAUUGAGGAAUAAAGCCACUAAAAGGAAGACCCCAGUUGUGAAGAAGAGUCUGAACCCUCACUACAACCACACUUUGGUCUAUCACAACAUCAGUCCAGAAGAGCUGCCACACAUCUGCCUGGAACUCACUGUUUGGGACCGGGAACCCCUUUCCAGCAAUGACUUCUUGGGUGGAGUCCGGCUUGGAAUUGGAAAUGGAAUGAAUAAUGGCCAGGUGGUGGACUGGAUGGAUUCUACAGGCGAGGAAAUAAGUCUGUGGCAGAAAAUGCGCAAGUAUCCAGGAUCAUGGGUAGAAGGGACUCUUCCCCUACGUGCUACUAUGGCUAGGUCACGGCCAUAAUAUUGCUUGAGCCUUUUUUGGGAACAGAAUCCAGGAAGGAAAGGAGUACCAGGGCUGCUGCACCAGAGACCUUAAGGCAGCCCAGUCUUUCUCAAAUUGCUGACCUCCAGGUCUUCUGAACUGCUUUUCCUAGAGGUUCCCACCCAACAUAACUGGUUGGGGACAUCUGGAAGAUACUAGGUUGGGGAAGGCUGUCUCAAGGGCAGUGAGAACAAUAUUUCUUGGCUCCUGGCACAUGUAGCAAUAGAGUGAGUUUUCAGUAAUCUUUGAAACUGGCUCACUUUGAAAGGGAUGUCCUUGGCAGCCUAUUUUAUUUAAAGGGAUCUUGGUUUUGUAAUUUUUAUUGUAAUUACAUUCUGUAUGCAUCCUUACUCUGGUGGGGUUGCAAAGUGACUUUUAAAAAUUCUUUGUUUUUGUUUCACAUUUUUCCUUUCCAUCAAAUCUUCUGGAGCAGGCCACAUGUCUACAUCCUGUUUUUAUUUUUAAAUGUAAUUUCCUUCUGCUCUGUGCCUGAGUGAAAGAGACGCUGAAAUAAAGUUUAAAUAUAUGAAAGCA